AAACUCAGGUCAAAGAGCAGGCAUUUGCUCAGCAUAUCAAGAGCAAGAAGCAUUUAAUCCCCAACGCUACUCUGUGGGAUUUGGAACACAGCUGGGACAUCACCAAGAUGGAUGCUCAGCUCAGAGGAGGUCUCAGGAAGAUGCCAGAAAUGCUGCCCCAUAGAAGUGCCCUUCUGGCUCUGCUCUUGAUUGCUGCCAUUCUGCCACUCGCAUGCUCCUAUGUUCUUAUUCAUCACACUAGCUCAGGAGGGCAAUGCCAAGAGUCUUGUGAGUAUCGUGGUUACAGUUACACUUGGUGCAAGCAACUAGGAGGCAAGAAGGCGGCCUGGGAUUACUGCUCCUCAAAACCAGGUUUGGAGGCCUCUGGAAAACGUUGUGCAACUCCCUGCGAGCUCUGGGGUGCUUCUUACCAUAGCUGCUAUUUGCAGGAUGGUAAUUGGGGCUACUGUGGACUAAUUACCAGAUGGGAUCACGCCAAAUAUUCCCAAGAGAACAAGCUGUGUAUCAGCCAGUGCCGAGCAACCCAGGGAACUUUCCAGUGCAAUACACUUGACGGCAUUGAACCCUGCGCCCCCUUCCCUGAUGUGACCACCAGAGGCCUCCCCUGCCACAACAACUACCGAUGUGCCCGUUAUGGGCACAGUGGAUACCGGUGCCAUACUGACAAAGACGAGGACAGCUGGGCAUACUGUGGGAGGAGGAGCCUGGAUGAAUGUGUGUGGAUUUCCCACCAGACCAAUGCUACCCAAGGAGAGUUCUGCAUCCUUAGUUAUGCCCAAGGAGGAGACGACAAUAUCACUUUCCGCCGAGAGAGGCAAGACAAAUUGAUCCAUCCUGCCAAAGAGCAGUUCCAAAAUGCUACCUACCUUAUUGAUAGCAUUACCUCCAGCAUCAGCAUCCCUGACUCUUGGGCCCUGGGCUCAGUGCAUCUACACAAGCAGGAAGAAAUCUUCUGUAAGGGUAUCAACUACACCAACUUGGUGCUGCAAAUAAGCAAAUCCACAGAGUUCUAUUUGCCUAUCGCUCGGGUCCUCUUCCCAAAGACCCUGGAUGCUGAUGAGUUCCUGCGCUUAGCACUGUACACUAGUCUCCACAGUGCCUUUUACCCACCUGCUUACGCCAUUGUUGUAUCUCUUAAUGAACCAAUGUUGUGUUCUAUUAACACCUAUGACAUGAAGAACUAAUUCAACCUGCUCCUUGCUUGACAUUGUCUAAUUUUAUGUUGCUGACUUCCCACAUUAACACUUAUUUAGUCUCCACACUAUCACUGCCCAUCAUUUCACUGCAAAGAUGCAAAUACUAUGAUUGUUCAUAUUGUGUAAAACACUGAAUCAAACAGAGUCCCUUCCUAAAAGCAUUCUAUCCUGAAACAGCAUUCAGAGAGCUGCCUAUUGCCAGUAGUUGUCUUUGUACACAGAGAGAUCAUAAUCAUUCAUGCACGGUUGGAAUGUGACUGAUUCUGCUUGUGCACUGUUUGUACUAAUCUCUCUCCAUAUGAGGUUAUAUUUUUGAAUUAAUUAUCUCCCCUUGGUACAGAUGACAUUUCAAAUAAAGGGAAAACUUCUUGUGAUUA